UUCACUCUACUCACGCGAACACUUCACGAAACUCCUCACUAAUGGAUCUGGGGGACGCGGUCAUGUAAGGUUUAUCUGCUGGAGAACAUUUGAAAACCACUGGUUUAGGAAUGGAGGGGGAACGAGUCAACUCAUCUCUGGAUCUGAGCCACCUGACCGAGGAGGAGAAGACCUCCAUCCUUCACGUCCUGCAGCGAGACCUGGAGCUGCGUGAUCAUGAUGCGGGCCGCGUGAGGAUCCUGGAGCAGACCGGCACAAACCCAUCCCUCCUGCGCCUGAUGUCCGGACGCUGGUUUAAGGACGAGUGCAGCAAGCGCCACCGCAGCUGGACGUCCGGCAGCGACCUCAUCCGGGCCUCCAUCCGCCACAGGAAGACCAAGAGCAGAGAUGUAUCUCUGAAGGAGCUGUUUGAUGGGGAAAGACGGGAAUCUCUUGCAAGCAGCUGUUCCCUGGAGGCAAAGGGAAGAACGAAGGACCGCAAAGAUGAGGAGGAGGAUGAAGGGCAUCAGGGAAACUCGGCAUUCACAUCCAGAGAUAGGACUCCUGUCGUGCAGGAGAACAACAGUAUUAAUUCCUCACACUCUAAAGGAUGUGAAAGGAGAAGUAAUGGCCACCCAGAGGAAUCCGAGGAACAUUUGAGUCACAACGGGGACCCAAACUCUCAGAGCAUCAGCCUGUCAGAACCAGAUCCGUCCUGCGUGAACACCAACAGCUCCACCAACAGCCUUCAGUCCAGCCACACGCUCAGUGGGAGCAUGAUGAGUCUGUUCAGCUCGGGGGAUUUCGGAGUGGUGGAGGUGAGGGGCCGCAUCCAGUACUCAUUGGUUUACGACGAUCACAAGGAGGAGCUCCAAGUAAAGGUGCACUGCUGCGAGGACAUCGCCUCGGCGCGCAGGAACCGCUCUGAUCCAUAUGUAAAAACCUAUCUACUGCCAGACAAGUCCCAUCACAGUAAGAAGAAGACUUUGGUGAAGAAGAAGACACUAAACCCAGUCUAUGACCAGACACUCAGAUAUAAAGUGCGUAUAGGGGAGCUGCGGAGUCGAACUUUAAACCUCUCCGUGUGGCAUGCCGAGCCUCUGGGGAGGAAUGUCUUUCUGGGAGAGGUGGAGGUGGCUCUGGGGCUCUGGGACUGGACCUGCACGGAGCCGCUGUGGCAGGACCUGCAGCCCCGGGUUUACGUGAACCCAGACUCGGUGAGCAGCAGGGGGAGAAUCUUCUUCUCCAUUAAAUUCGUUCCAGAUGGAUUUGAAGGUGGGGGUCUGCCUCUGACCGGGGAGGUUCACAUUUGGCUUCGGGAGGCUCAGGGUCUGCUGUCCAACAAAGGAGGCCCGAUUGACUCCUUCGUUAGAAGUUACAUACUCCCAGACACCAGUCGGCAGAGCGGUCAGAAGACGCAGAUAGUGAAGGGCGCCAUCAGUCCUAUUUACAACCACACAAUGGUCUACGAUGGAUUCCAGCAAAGCGACCUCGUGGAGGCCUGUGCUGAACUCACUGUGUGGCAGCGCGAGGGUCUGAAGACGCACAUGCUGGGGGGGAUUCGUCUGAGCUACGGAACGGGUCAGAGUUACGGGGAGCCAGUCAGCUGGAUGGAUUCCACGGAAGAGGAAAUUGCAGUCUGGACCACCAUGAUCGAGAAUCCAAACCGCUGGAUCGACUCGACACUAACAAUCAGAGCUAACCUCACACAGCGGCCUGUGUGACUUGCACAUUUAUUGGAGUUUAUAAAUGUUUGGACUGGAAAGAGACCUUCACAUUUAUUCCUCUCUGUCGCACAAAAAUAGCUUGCUUAUUUAUCAUUUUUGACACAAAUGGUGUCAACAGUGGAGCAACUUUAGUCUGAUUUUUUGAAACCAGAUAUUACAGUUUAAACUUUUUACUUUUUUUUUUUGCUCUGUGUGCUUAUACUGUCAUAAAGGAAAUUAUGAUUUAUUGUACUUUUAUCAGUUUGUUAUUAAACCUAACUGGUGAUGCGGUG